CAUCCGUAGCAGCCCAAUUCUUCCACUCUUCGUCCUCAGCUGACUAGGGUUUUUCAGUCACUGAUCAAAACUGAACCAACGAAUCAAGGCAAUACCAGAAAACGCUCACCAAAAUGGCGUCGUUCAUACAGAGAUUCUCGUCGAAGACGAAGAACAUUGGGAAGAGGUCUACUAAGAAGUACUUGGAGGAAGCGCUUUACAGGAAGCUACUCAAGGAAGGAGGACUUGAGAACAGUGCCGGGAAAAAUCUGAACGAGUUCUUGAAAUCUCACAAAAGCGCGUAUAAAUGGGAGGUCGGCCGCUCAGUCAAGCUCCUCCGGCAACGCAAGCUCUAUUCCCCGGCCAUCAAGUUAUCGGAAACAAUGGAGAAAAGAGGCAUGAACAAGACUACCAGUGAUCAAGGUAUACAUGUAGAUCUUGUUGCAAAAAGUAAAGGCAUUGCUGCAGCAGAGGCUUAUUUUAUAAAUCUUCCAGAGACAUCAAAGAAUCACUUCACUUAUGGUGCUCUUCUGAACUGUUACUGCAAGGAAUUAAUGACUGAGAAAGCAGAGGCCCUAAUUGAGAAAAUGAAAGAACUGAAUUUAACGUUAACUUCUAUGCCUUACAACAGCUUGAUGACUCUGUAUACAAGAACAGGUCAGCCUGAAAAAAUUCCAGCAAUCAUUCAAGAAAUAAAGGAGUGUGACAUUAUGCCGGAUUCUUUCACCUAUAAUAUCUGGAUGAGGGCUCUUGCUGCACUAGGUGAUAUAUCUGGUGUUGAGAGGGUUAUUGAUGAGAUGAAAAGGGAUGGCCGAGUUGCUGAAGAUUGGACUACUUACAGCAAUUUGGCAUCGAUUUAUGCCGAUGCUGGUUUAUCAGACAAGGCUGAGAAGGCACUUAAGGAGUUGGAGAAGAAAAAUACUCCCAGAAAUCUUACUGCCUACCAGUUCCUCAUCACACUGUAUGGACGGAUCGGAAACUUGGUUGAAGUAUAUCGCAUAUGGCGUUCCUUAAGGCUUGCUUUUCCCAAAACUGCAAAUAUAAGUUAUCUCAAUAUGAUUCAGGUAUUAGUAAACUUGAAUGAUAUGCCAGGUGCUGAGAAGUGUUUCAAGGAGUGGGAGUCAGGACAAACUACUUAUGACAUUCGUGUUGCAAAUGCCCUCAUAGGAGCUUAUGCUAAACAAGGAUUAUUGAAAAAGGCUAAAGAGCUCAGAAAACGGGCACAGAGGAGUGGAGCUAAGCCUAAUGCGAAAACAUGGGAAAUUUUUCUGGAUUAUUAUCUGAAAAACGGGGAGAUUUCUUCAGCAGUCGAUUGUAUUGAGAAAGCAAUUACAACUGGUAGAGGGGAUGGUCAGAAAUGGGUUCCAUCACCCGUCAUUGUUGGGGAAUUGAUGAGACACUUUGAAACAAAGAAAGAUGUUGAGGGUGCAGAACGUGUUCUGGGAAAUUUGAAGAAAUCUGAAGAUCAUUUGGGGGCCGAGCUACUUGAAUCAUUGAUAAGAACUUACGCAGCUGCUGGGAAAACAUCUACAGUCAUGCGUAGGCGCGUUAAAAUGGAGAACGCAGAGCUGAGUGAGGAAGCCAAGAAAUUGUUGGACGUCAUUAGUGCGGAGUAACAUUCAUACAAUACUCUGUUCAAUCUUGAUUUGAAGAGCCAUCAUAAUCCUGAUAUUACAGCCUCAGGUGAUGAAUUUUAUGUAGUUUGUUACUAUGUAGAUGAGGCGUAAACAUCAUAUGCUCUUUUUCAAUUUACGUUAUGUGACUAGGCGAGUCAUUCUUGUGUUGUUUAUGCCAAAAUAUAUUAGCAACUGCUCUUCCAAACUGUGAUGGUUAUUCAUCACAGUGCCUCUGAAGUCUAUACCCAUAAGGCCAUAACAGUUAUGAAUAAUAUUCAUUUAGGGUCUCUAGCUGAUGUAACUCAUUCUUGUAUGCUUUUACUAUAAGGAGUAAUAGACUGGAUCAUGAAUCAA